GCGAUUGUGCUACAGUCGCACCGCGACACCCCACGAGUGAAACCGCGCGCGUGCCAAUCUGCUACCGUACUCCCGUGCUCCCGUGUUCCUGUGCUCCACUAGCCGUACACACCAGAAAGGACCUGCGAACAGUGCUAUGCUUUUAAGGCCGUGGCCAAAGCUUUUCCUCGUUUUUCUCAUUCUCCUCGUUUUCCUCGACGUCGACGAGUCGACCAGUCGAACGUCUUCGUGGAAAAGGAGCAGCUUUUAAUCGGGUGAACGAUGAGGUCCUCGAUAUAAAUUCCGCUGGAAGAAGGGUGCCUCAUGUUACAACACGAUCGCUAACUAGUGUCCCAAAGUAUUAGAACGAAAGUGGUUGAUUCUCAUGGCAGCGCGGAAACUCGCAGCCCUCUUCACCUUGGUUCUGCAGCUUUGCUUAUGUCAAAUAACUCCAGAACCACUGCCAGAAUUUUUAGCUCCUUUGGAGAAUCACACAGUGAUUCAGGGUCGCGACGUUUUCUUCACCUGUGUCGUUAAUCAUUUACAAUCAUACAAGGUGGCUUGGAUAAAAUCAGACUCCCGAGCAAUCUUGGCGAUACAUACUCAUCUAGUAGCGCACAAUCCACGGCUUUCCGUCACGCAUAAUGGACACAACACUUGGAAAUUGCACGUGUCAAACGUUCAAAAGAACGACUCAGGCGCUUAUAUGUGCCAAGUGAACACUGAACCUAUGCGUAGUCAGAACGGAUACAUGGAAGUAGUUAUACCACCGGAUAUCAUGGACGACGAAUCCGCGGAGGGUAUGGUAACCCACGAAGGUGGUAACGUGAGAUUAAGAUGCGUCGCGACGGGUUCGCCGACACCUACCGUCACGUGGAAACGAGAAGAUGGCCGAAAUAUCAUCCUUAGAGAAGAUGGACAAAAACGAUCGGUAAAAACUUAUGUGGGUGAAACUCUAGAACUAUCCGGGAUCCUACGACAAGAAAUGGGUGUAUAUCUCUGCAUAGCUAGCAACAAUGUUCCUCCAAGUGUCAUCAAACGUUAUUCCGUCGACGUUCAUUUUCAACCGGUUAUAAAAGUAACAAAUACACUGUUAGCAGCACCUAUCGGCAGUAACGUUGUUCUUCAGUGUCACGUUGAAGCGUCUCCGCAUGCAAUGAAUACGUGGUACAGAAACACAGGCGAGAAAUUGUUAACCAGUGAGAAAUAUAUAAUGACGGAGCACGCAUUGAACGGUUACUCGUUGCAAAUGAACCUUACUGUGAAUUCCCUGGAGAAAAGGGACCUCGGAGAAUACGUUUGCUCAUCUGUAAACGCUCUUGGAAAAGCAGACGGUGUUGUACGUUUACAAGAACUUCAUCUUGCGGAGAAAACCACUCCUACCAGUUUUAUAAAAACCAUCGACAUGAAACCUCGGAAAAAACCCGUAUCAAAGGGAAAAAAGAAAAACAACAACGGCAACAGAAGAAUACACGGGGGUGGUUUCGAUGAAUUUGAUUCUUUGGGAAACGACGAUUUAAGUACUACACAAAUUAUGACUGGUAGUACUUUUCAAGAAGGUCACGGAACGGAGAGACCUCUGGUUCUGCCAUCAUUGUCCCCGCCUUGGGUAAUCAUGAACACUGCUAAUUCAAAACAUCACUCAACAUCGAUCACGAUACUUCUCUUCCACUUUUUCUCAACCAUAAUAUUUAUCCUCUAAAUUGUACCUACGAUGGCCAAGGUAGUUCAACAACGAAAAGGAUAAGAAUAAAUAUCAAAGAUAAGAAUUAUCGAACGAGGUACAGGAUGAGAAAAUACUUUAGUACCUACACAAUAAAUUCAACAAGAAAUAGGUUUUUGCAGUUGGUACAAUUUGAACUUGUACGUUUCAAAUAGGUCUUCCUUUCCUUCUACUUAAAAAGGAUUUUGUAUUUUAAUUGAAUAAGAUACAGUUAUUGCAACGCGACCAAUAUGAAAAUGUUUCUCUUAAUGAAAUGUUGUAAAUAUGUGAAUGAUGUGAAGAAAUUAUUGCCGAGACGGAGACUAUCUGUAAAGGUUUAAACGAAUCGAACAAUUUUCUGAACAUUCGGUAAAACUGAAAAAUAAAAAUAACGUUUUCGUAUCAUAGCAACUUAUACGAAUAAACAAAAAAUAAAUAACGGACUUUCAAAGAAAUUAUCGUUGUACUUAUAUAUAACAGAUAUUCAUAUUUUUGUCGUUUAAAAACAAUUUACGCAGUUUUGUAAAGCAACGUUCAACGUGCAAAAUUUAUUUGUCAAAGCAGUAACGCAAUUGUGUCGAAUACCUCUCCGAAAACACGAGGGGCUAUAAUAACUUAAUGAGCCAGCUAGUACUGAAAUUUGUUCAUUAUAACAAAGAGAUGUGAAAGUAGUUUCACGAUGGAAAACUGCUAAAGGAAAAUUUUUCAAUUUAAAUCAAUCGUGUCAGAGACUGUUAAAAGAUGAGUUGCAAUACACAGAUGUCGCGAUUAAUGUAAAUUUAUAUUAUAACUUACGAUUAAUAAAUUAAUAACAAUGCAUGAAUGCUGCAUGGUAUGGAAUAAGAAGUUUCAAAACUUUCGUGUUAUCCCACAACGUAAUAGAAACCAAAAGUACAAUGAAGUAACAAUAUGCAUAUAUAGUAACCGAUAAACAUAAUUAAGAUGUGUAAUGGACCCAUUUACUUGUAUCGGUAUAAUAUAAUUGUACAUCGAGUUUUAUCACUAGUUAAAUGAGCACGUAUGAUAUUUCAUAACUCUCAAUCAUAUUUUAAAGUGCGUUUUUUCAAAAAGAGGAUUGUUCUUUCUAAUUAUUCUAAUUUGGAAAUUCAUUUCACCUGAUAUGAUAUUAUAUGUAUAUUUUUUUUUAUUUAGCGUUUAUAUGAUAAAUUCCGUUUAGACAUAAAAUAUAUCGUUACUUAUUGUAAAAUUUUGUCUAACGAAAUACUUUGUAAUUCUAUACGACGAAUAAGAAUUUAUACUAUUUUUAGACCCAUUGAUAUUAUCUACUUUUACAUCUCUUGUGCUUUUAUGUGCAAUAUAACAUAAAUCAGCAAUUGUUCAAACGACAUAUUCUUGGUCAUUAUGUCUCACAAUAUUAUUCAACAGACAAGAAUAGCUUCGACUUCCUUAAUAAAAUUUAUUUAAAAAUCUUUGGUGUGAAAGAAUAAAAAAGCCCAAACAAAUAAUUUAGUAAGUAAAUAGUAUUUUUUCCGCUUCUUUUUUAUGAAGGAAUAAUUUAAUUAGGAUGUUUUGAUAAUUGUAUACGUGCUGAAUACCAAUUACAAAUUUGACUCCAUCGAGAAAACGAAUGACAAUAAGUAUAAUAUAAUAAAAUCUUGUUCGGUUGACAUCUUACAAUUAGAAAAUCUUGCGAGCAAUGAUGCUCAUUAAUAGUUAACACAUUAUAUUUAAGGAACUUUACAUGACUCUACUAUAUAUAUUUGUAGAUAAAAUUAGUCGACAUUCUUUUAUCUUCACUAAACUGGAUUUUUUCAAAAGCAAUACAAAAAACAUUCCUUUAAUUAAAUUGUUUUGUUCUUUUGUAUGCUUCACCGCUACUAAAAUAUUCUUAGAAAACUAUCGACUCAUUAAUAUCAACAAUUAUCUGAUCUAUACAUAUAAUUGGGAAAAUGAUUAACCUUUUAAUCAUGAUAAUUUUUCAAAGCGUAGUAAUUAAACAAUGUAACGAGUACAUAUAUUUACAAAAUGAUCCAUUAAUUUGGAUAGAGGUGUGAGGGUACCCGUGCCUUCGGGAACCCGCACAUUCCUACUGGAUAGAAACAAACAAUUAUUUUUAAAUUAUAUUCACGGAUUAACAUUAUAUGGAGAGUAAAUCUGUUUCAAAAAUAUUAAUGGGUCGAUAAAUAGAAGAUUUGUUAUUUCAGCUACUUCAAAGUUUUCAAUAAUAUUAAGUUGUGUAAUAAAUUCCCACGUUUUUUGUAUUUUAUCUUUUUCCCGCAAUUUUGUGUUUUGUCAGGUAAAGUAUGAUUGCAUUCGCAAGUUUUUUUCUUGCUCUACAAACGUAUCUGCUUCAAUUUUUUCAACACAAAAUUGUGGAAAAAAGAUAAAAUACAAAAAACCUGGGAAUUUAUUACACAACCUAAUAAAUCAAAUGACGUGUUGUACUAUCUAACAAUAAGUUCUAAAUAAACGAAACAGGUAAAUAUUCUUUUAUCGUUACAUUAUUAUGAUAAACACUUAGGUCGUGUCGGAUACUAUACUGUCAAAACUAAGGCGAAUUUAUCGAUGUUAAAAAAGAACGUGUAUACAUGCAACGAUACAUAUGAAUCAUAUAGGACCAUGUUUUAUGUAUGUACAUACGCUUGUGGAGAAAACGAUGCACUAUUAGCGUGCGACAUGUACAUAACGGAGAAGCGAAUGUUGGCAUUGUUCGUGGAGCGAUGAGAUUAAUAAAAGAAUGAUUAGUAGAUAAGUUGUAUGUAUAUGAUAUGAUAUGAUACAUAUAUAAAUAUACAUAGUCUGAUAGUAAUGUUAAACGAGACUACAUUUUGUAUAAUGUAACAUUAAAUGGUCUCGUAUCGCGACAUAUGGAAAUUGAAAAAAAAAA